GUACUCCAUAGGCCCACGCGUGUGAACAGAACAGAAGGGUUCCAUGCGUUUUCUGUUUGUUUUUGUUAAUUCCCUUCCUUAACAAGUAACAACUCUGCCGCGUAAAAGGAGUAGUUCGACGAUCAACGAUAUCUGCUCCAGGAAAGCCAAAAGAACGAUCAAAUACCUCCAUCAUCGGGAUUCCUUUCUAAAGCGCUGUAGUACUCUUCGAUCGCCAUGAGCUUUCUAUUCGGCAAGAGAAAAACUCCCGCAGAACUUCUGCGGGAAAAUAAGAGGAUGCUGGAUAAAUCUAUUAGAGAAAUAGAACGGGAGAGACAAGGUCUACAAACGCAGGAGAAGAAACUAAUUUCGGAGAUAAAGAAAAGUGCCAAGCAAGGGCAGAUGGGAGCUGUGAGGGUGAUGGCAAAAGAUCUUGUCAGAACACGACAUCAGAUUGAAAAGUUUUAUAAGCUUAAAUCCCAACUCCAGGGUGUAUCCCUUAGAAUCCAGACGUUGAAAUCAACACAAGCAAUGGGGGAGGCAAUGAAAGGUGUGACGAAGGCAAUGGGCCAGAUGAAUAGACAGAUGAACUUACCAUCCUUGCAGAAGAUUAUGCAAGAAUUUGAGAGGCAGAACGAGAAGAUGGAAUUGAUGACUGAAGUGAUGGGAGAUGCUAUUGAUGAUGCUUUGGAAGGGGAUGAGGAAGAGGAAGAAACAGAUGAACUAGUGAAUCAAGUUCUCGACGAGAUUGGAAUUGAUGUCAAUCAAGAGCUUGUUAAUGCACCAUCAUCUGCUGUUGCUGCGCCACCAACCAAAAGUAAGGUUCCACAAGUGGAAACAGCAAGUACUGAUGACAGUGGAAUAGAUAGCGAGUUACAGGCAAGAUUAGAUAAUUUAAGGAAAAUGUAAUUGUGUGUACUAUAAACUUCAGAUGCGCUGUAUGAAGUGCAAUUCCAAUUGGAUUGGCCAUGUGAUGGUUAUGAAAACUGUGCCAGAAUUUAUCAACUCGUGGUUUGAAGCAAAGUGGAGAUUUCAAUGAAAUUACAUUUUGUAAAUUUUAUAUAUCAAGAAAUGCAUGGUAUGAAAGGUAAUUGUCAGA